UACUCUCUCACCUGUCAUCCCUACCUAUCCUUUACUCAGGUCAUGGGGAGAUCUUCUUUUGGACAUAUUUCCCAGUUUGCUGUGUGACAAGAGCAGGACCCACCUCAGCCUGAGAGAGGGCAUGCCCAGAAGACUCUUGCUGGGUAGCAGCGAAGGCCUGGACACCAGCAGGCGGCUGGCGGCUGGCCUCAGAUCUCUGGCUGAUGAAAUGUUAACAGGGAUGCCGGAAGUCCGCUCCACUCACAUGAAGAGAGACUUCAUCAUGAACAGACUACCACCAUACAGCCAGGAGAAGCUGCUUACCCCACCUGGGAAGAUGCCUGCCUUGGAGGAUACGGUGUGUUUGAGGUUUAAAGACCAUAUUGUAAUAACUGUGGAGCCCAGCCGAGAGAUAACAGAUGAGGCAGCAGUGAUGGUAGUUUUUGUCUUACAUUCUUUGAGGAACCAGAGGGAGAGCCACAUGAUGGGUGAAAAUUGUGAUGAAGAUGUGGACAUCUCCAGGGUAAGAUGCUGACUCACUGAAUCCUGU